GAUUCUCUAUACCGUACUGCCAAAGACCGAUAAAAAUCCUCGUUUUCUUCCUCACUGGAAGCGUUAAUCCAUCUGGGAUUUUGUUCUUGAAUGGCGCCGAGGAAAAGGGCCACUUCGGGAGGCAAGAAAUCGGGCCACCAAAACCGGGAAGCGCAGCAGCCAUCCCAGCCGUCGAAAUUCGGCAUCCAGCACUUCUUCGAGCGCCAUUCGCUUAGCCAGAAGGCCUGUUCUCAGAACGCCCCGAAGAAAGACGAACACCUUCCACGAAAUCCCCUUCCCGGUUCCGCCAAUGGCGCCAGUCAGAAGGCGGGGAAUGAACUGGAAAUUGGUGCAGUUAGGGUUGAGAAUCCAGUGGCCGUUAAUAGCUCCGAGAAGAUUGCGUCGAUGGGGAAGCAUCUGAGGGGUCACAACUCAGUGAAAAUUGGGGAUUCGGAAAGUGGCGGAAGUUUGGUUGAGAUGGAGAAAUCUGACCAAUCUCCCAUUACAGUCAAGGAGAAUCUCUUUCGCGUUGAUGGCGAUGAGGGGGAUCGAUUGGAGGUGUCACCAGAGGCAUCCAAGUGCAAUUCCGCUAAGCGCUACAAGUUUUCACCUGGAAUGUUAAUCAAACAGACUCAGGAUGAUGGCGUUGAUGAGGUGACAUGGAAAAUUUCUCCAGUAAACGAGAGGCUCAAUGCAAUGUCGAAACACUUGCCAGGGAGGAUCAGGAUAUUGGCUGAUUCUACAAGGUUUAACUCAAUGAAUCUUCAAAAAUGUUCACAGGUGCAAACUUCUCCCAUCAUGUCAAGAAAGCUUGAAAGAUGGCUUUCUUCACCUCCGCCGAAGACAGAUAAAGAAUUAUUGAUAUGCUUUGACAAGGUUGCAUCGAGAAAGUCCAAUUCAGCGGAUGAUAUACAUUGUCAUGAAAAAAGCAGACCUAUAAAUAAUAACAAUAAAUCAGCAAUACGAAGCACUCAGAGCCCAUUUAGUACUCCACCAUCACUGUCCUUUUGCCACAAUAAGGAUCUUGAUGAUGUGGAUUCCUGUGGGGUUCCCGAUCAGCUCGGAUCAAGGCAGCACAAGAAGGCUUUAAUUGAACUUCUUGACCAAGUGGAAGAUGUAAUUUCUGUAGAACCUUCAUCGACUAUAGAAAAUGAGACAUUUUUAGAUGUUAAGAGGCCUCCGAAAGCUAAUCAUGCUCUAAAUCACUCGACCAGCAAUUCUGAAGAACAUAAAUGUGGUAGAGACUCUGAGUUUGACUUUCUAGUGCUGGAGGUUUCAGAAAGGCACGAACCUGCUGCAUCAUCAGGUCGUCCAUCGACUUUCAAGGUUUUGCACUUGUUAAAUGAGCAAAGUGGUGCAGAACGAACCUUGCAUUUGUCGGAUGAAUGGUAUUUUAGUGUUGCUGCCCCUGGAAAUACGGUUCAUGUCAUUGGUGACUUUGAUGCCCAAGGCAACUGUCAUGUGAAUCAUGAGAAAAAUUAUUUGAUUGUCCACCCAGAGCUUUUGGUGUCCGGUACUCGGGUUUCUGCCAGUUUUGGCUGUCCGAGGCGAACUGUCCUAGAUGAAAGGUUAAAGCAUAGUGAACAUUCUGCCGCAGCACUGAUGGGUACUUUAUUGCAUCAGAUAUUUCAGGCUGCCCUCAUCAGUGAAUUUCCGACGAAAGAAUUCCUAGAGGAUUAUUCCAGAACUGUGCUUCAGAAAAAUCUGGAGAGCCUUUUUGCAUGUGGAGUCAGUGACAAUGAUGCUUGGAAGAUUUUGAUUGAGGCCAUCCCAAAGAUACUCAACUGGAUAUCCUACUUUCGAGGUUCACAGGGUUCCAAAAAUCCUAGCAUUGAUUUCAAAUGUGAGGAAGGAUUGAAAAGAAUCCAAAUUUCAGAGGUAAUUGAUAUAGAAGAAAUGGCUUGGGCCCCAAAGUAUGGAUUGAAAGGAAUGAUUGACGCAUCGGUGAGAGUAAGAGCUAGCAUAAACUCUGGAGAAGUUAGCGAGACAGUUAUGCCUCUGGAGUUCAAGACUGGGAAAGGAACCGGACAGGUAGCCAUGGAGCAUAAUGCACAGGUGAUGUUAUAUACUCUCCUGAUGUCCGAACGAUAUGGGAUAGAUAUUAACAAUGGCCUUCUAUACUAUCUUCUUACAGAUCAAACACAAGGAGUUUCGGCAAGACGUUCUGACUUAAUUGGGCUUCUAAUGCGUCGAAAUGAACUUGCUGCUGAUCUUCGCAAAGCCUCAACUACUCAGCAAUUACCAUCAAUGUCACAAAGCUUGAGCAUGUGCAAAAGUUGUCGCCACCUCAAUGUCUGCACUAUUUACCACAAGGCUUAUGGCGGAAGUGUGGAAGAAAGUGGGCUGGGUGAUGUAUACGCUUCCCUUGUCUCUCAUUUAACAACAACUCACACUGAUUUUCUUCGAACAUGGGAGAGAUUGGUUGAUUUGGAAGCCAUGCACGUGGAGGUUGUAAGCAAAGACAACAGGUCAGAAAAUUUGAGGAAUGAUCAGCAUCCUGUUUGCGCACCAUCUCUUGUUCUUGAUCCUUCAGAAAAGUCGCCACAGAAAAAAUUUAGCAGAGCCAACCGAUUUUCCUACCGUUUUGUGCGUCAAGACUUACCUUUGCUUAACACAGAAGAAACAAAUGUAGACUAUUUAAGCUCAUCAUCUUCCUUAGAAUAUUAUUUCAAGAUUGGGGACUAUGUGAUAUUAAGCACUGAACAUGGAUCUCUACGUGUUGCUAAUGGGGUCAUUGUUGACAUUGGUAACUCUCAUGUCUCUGUAUCUUUUUCAAAACAUUUGAGACUUCCUAGGCAGAACCUUCAGUCAUUGGUAGGAGAUCUUCAUCAACAAUCUUGGCGAAUUGAAAAAGAUGAAUUCACAACAUCAUAUGCAAUCAUGAGGUACAAUCUUGUUCAACUAUUUUUGCCAAAUGAAUAUUGUUCUCGCCUGAGGAAGAUGGUUGUUGAUCUUGAGGCACCUGUAUUUGACCAUGGCUGUGUAUUUAGCCAAGACCCUGCUAUAUCAUACAUUCGAUCUGAAAAGAGCUUAAACGAUGAUCAAAGAAAAGCUAUACUCAAGAUUCUUGCAGCCAAGGAUUAUGCCCUUAUUCUCGGCAUGCCUGGAACGGGGAAAACUUCCACUUUGGUGCAUGCUGUUAAGGCAUUGUUGAUUAGGGGAUCAUCCAUUCUACUUACAUCAUACACAAACUCGGCUGUUGACAAUUUACUAAUCAAAUUGAAAGCUCAGGGUAUAGAUUUCAUAAGAAUUGGUAGAGAGGAAGCUGUGCAUGAGGAUAUUCGAGAAAAUUGCUCAUCAGCAAUGGAUGUAAAGACCACUCGAGAAAUUAAAGAAAGGCUCGAUAAAGUCAGCGUUGUUGCUGUUACGUGCUUGGGAGUGAAUAGUCCUCUGCUCAAUAACAAAAGAUUCGACAUAUGCAUCAUGGAUGAAGCCGGACAGAUUACACUACCGGUAACCUUAGGACCAUUGGCAUUUGCAUCAAAAUUUGUUCUCGUCGGCGAUCAUUAUCAAUUACCACCACUUGUCCAGAGCCCCGAAGCUAAGGAGAACGGAAUGGGCAUUAGCCUAUUUUGCCGGCUAUCAGAAGCACAUCCUCAGUCAGUUGCAGCAUUACAUUGCCAGUACCGAAUGUGUGCAGCAAUUAUGGAACUGUCAAACGCCUUGAUAUAUGAUAACAGAUUGCGCUGUGGCUCUGCCGAAGUGGAGAAUGCAAAAUUGAGUUACCAACGAUCAUUUUCUGUCGAAUCCUCGUGGAUAAUUCAGGUUUUGAAUCCCGACCAGCCUGUGGUCUUUAUCAACACAGAUUUGUUGCCGGCAUUCGAGACCAAUGAUGGUAAAGCGUUAAACAAUCCUACCGAAGCAUAUAUCGUUGCAGAGGUUGUGAAAGCUUUGCUGCACAGAGGUAUUGAAGGGAAAAACAUCGGCAUCAUAACACCGUACAACUCUCAGGCGAAUCUCAUUCGCGGAGCACUCUCCGAGCCUGUGGAAGUUCAUACCAUUGACAAAUAUCAGGGAAGAGAUAAAGAUUGUAUAGUGCUGUCUUUCGUUAGGUCCCGCGAAAAUCCGAGGAGCAGCGCAUCGUACUCAUCCUCGUUGCUGGGAGACUGGCAUCGAAUAAACGUCGCGCUCACCCGUGCCAAGCGGAAGCUGAUAAUGGUGGGAUGUUGUGGGACUUCGUCGAAGGUGCCAUUAUUGAAGCUUCUGAUAAAUAAAGUCGAACAGCUUUCAGGCAUGUUUGCUCUGUCAGUUAAGGACAUUCCUAUUUCUGUUCCUGUUCCUGUUCCUGAUUCUGCCAUUAAUACAUUUCAAGUUCACCUCAAGAGAUGUUCUAACUCUACUUGAUACAAGAUGAUGAUGAUGAUCAUUUUCAAUUUUGUAACUCUGUAAAUCUGUCUUGUUAUUCACCAAAUAUCUUGUAAUGAAGAUGCUCCACAUUUUUCUUAACCUUUUGUGUAUU